AUGUCACUCAGACGCUCAGCCCGACUGAGUUCCAUUCCAACACUCAAAACACCACUACUCCAAAGCUCAGCUCCGAGCGAAGCAACCAGAGUCCAACGCAGUGCAGUGACAAAACCUCGCAAGGCAUCCACAAAGCCCAAUAAAUCAGAUAAAAAAGCCACAAAGACGAAGCCAAAACCAGGGACCUCCUAUUGGUCCCCUGAGCCAGCAGUCACAGAGAAACAAGAAACAGACAACCAGCCCUCAACCACUAACCCCCCGAUAUUCAGACCCCAGACACCUCCUCCCCUCGACCGCCCCGUUGAUCCGCACCGCACAAACGCAACCCUCAUCACCCCCCACGGCUCAACAGUAAACGCCUACCCAGCGCGCGCAGAAGAUGCCUCCCCCUCGAAAACCGGCCUCCCACGGCCAAUGGCUACAACAGGGACACUACUCGAGAAAGCCACCGCGUACCUCAUAGCAGCAGACCCACGCAUUGCAAAAGUAAUUGAGAAACAUCCAUGUCCGCUCUUCUCGCCUGCCGGCCUGGCAGAGGAAAUCGACCCCUUCAACAGCCUGGUCAGCAGCAUCAUCGGUCAGCAAGUCUCCGGCGCGGCAGCAAAGUCCAUCAAGAACAAGUUUAUAGCGCUGUUUGAUUUACCCGAUACCAUUGCGCCUGAUGGUCAUAAGCAUGCAAAGUUCCCGACCCCGGAACAGGUCGCCAAGUGUGAUAUUCCUACUCUGCGCACAGCGGGGCUAUCGCAGCGUAAGGCGGAGUAUAUCCAGGGCCUUGCGGAAAAGUUUGCUAGUGGGGAGCUUGGGGCGAGAAUGCUAGCGCGGGCUACUGAUGAGGAGUUGUUUGAGAAGCUUAUUGCUGUUCGUGGAUUGGGGAAAUGGUCGGUUGAGAUGUUUGCUAUGUUUGCGCUCAAGCGCACUGAUGUGUUUUCUACUGGGGACUUGGGGGUACAACGAGGCUGUGCUGCCUUUGUGGGUCGUGAUGUGAGCAAACUCAAGGGGAAGGGUGGUGGCAAGUUCAAAUAUAUGGCCGAAAAGGAUAUGCUGGAACUCGCUGCCAAGUUUGCACCAUAUAGGAGUCUGUUUAUGUGGUAUAUGUGGCGGGUUGAGGACGUUGAUGUGGCUGUUCUUAGUGAGGUGCAAGAUCCGCUUGUCGAUUACAAGAUUAACCAAAGAUAUAAGAGCGCGAAGAAAAUCGAUUUGUACAGUAUCAGUACACUCAGGCUGCGUAACCAAGCCGUGGGCCGCCGACGACGGCGCCCAUUCCAUUACGAAGAAAGCACACCAGGCGUUUAUUUCAUGCCAGCAACAAUGGUACACCAACCCCCGUGUUUUCAAAUUCUAUGA